AUGGCCGGCCCUUCUUCCUAUUACCGCCGGUGCUCACUCCGGGACGUCGCCGAACUGGAUGCUCCCCUGUAUGCAAGUACACAGUACGCAGGGAAUAUUACAUGCUACACCUCUCCCCGCGGAUCAACGAGCGAGGGUUAUCUCUUCAACGGGUGA